AUGCAAUUUCCCAAGUCUUCAGAUGGAAGUAGCAAAUUUAUGACCAUACUCUUGUUGACCUUUCUGUUUGUCACCUUGUUUAUAGUGCUUGCUAAUUAUCGAACGACUAGAAAUAAUAAUUUUUUGGAUCAGAUGUCCAUUCCGUGUGAUGAUGACAAUGAUUUGAUGUUGAAGAGGAGAAAAAAUAGAAUUGCUGUGUUAUGGACUGGAGAUAUACGAUGGUUUGGUGGAGCUUUUAAUUUUAUGAGAAACUUGUUACUUGCACACAAUGAAUUUCCAGAUUUAUUUAUUCACAUGUACUACUCUCAUCACGGGGAAAAAGAUUAUUUCGAACAAAUUCGACCUUUUUUAAAGCGUCUUGUCAAAGCUACGCUUGUUAAAUUUGAUAGGGAGGCAAUUAUCAAACACAUUCAGAGUCAAUAUUCGAAUUUUCAUGUUUUUUUGGAGGAAUGCAAGCAUCAUACCUCGGAGGAUACAUGCAUCCAAUGGUUUUAUUCAAAAUCACAAAUUCGAGAGGCCUUUUCCUAUAUGGAGCGUCACAAUAAUUUACUAGCUGCAAGACGUAACGUUACAACGUAUUACGACCUUGUCUUUCGAUUAAGCCCAGAAGUUAUAUUUGAAGCUCGAAUGGACUUGCAAAAUUUUGCGUUAGAACCUGACACUUUUUAUACUUCACAAUUGUACAAUAGAGGAGGAGUCAAUGAUGAAAUUGGUUUUGGAUCUGUUCAAGUCAUGAACACAUACUCGUCGUUGAUAUUGAACGCAGAAAAAUUGGCAAACUUGACUUCGACCUUUCAUCCACAACUUUAUUUAAAGCACCAAUUAUUGGAGAAGCAUGAUGUGAAGCUAAUUCCUAUUAGCUACCGGCGUAUCAGAGCUUUGGAAUUUGCAAGCCAUGCUUCUGAAAUACGGGAACCUUUCGAUGACCUGCUCGCUAGGAACACCUCAAUGAAUGGAAAACCUUAA